UGUGCAAGUUAAAUAACCUUAUACAUGCAUGGCUGUGUACUAUAUACGAAUUAUGCAUGGAAUGUACAUAUUAUGUACCUGUCUUGUAUUGUUGUACAUAUCUUGUACAGCUGAUGUACAUCUUGCAUGUAUUGUAUUGUAUUGCAACUUGUAUAUGUCUAUAUAAUUAUGUGUAUACUGUACCACUGCAUGUGUGCCAAUAUUGGUUUACGGAUCCACCUUCUCUUCUUACAGAUGUUACGUUUGCUGAUGGAGGAAUUCCUACCCCCCUACCCUCCGCACAAUUUAUUCUAGAGUUUUGGGUGCAAACAGUUUCACUGUUGUUUUGAGAGGGGUGUGGUUGUUGUCUGGUUGCCAUGGAGGACCGCCCGACGACAAU